AUGGCUGGUUCUGUUGCUUGUUAUGUAUGUGAUCGAGAAUAUUCAGCAAGGAAGCAUUUGAAUGUUCAUUUGAGAAAUGUGCAUAAAAUUCAGCCUGGUGAAGAAGGUACGAUAAAGUGCUCAAAAAGUGACUCCAGCUUUAAAUGCAAUUUUUUGGCUAAGUUGCGCCUACAUGUGGAGCAGGAGCACAUGGUUGAGAUGGUAAAAGAAAUUAGUGAAUUUCAAACGAAGGACGACUUUAUGAAGUGGAAGUCUGAGGAGGAGAGAAAAACAAAAAGUAGUUUUGUCUCUAGUUAUGGCACUAAGCGUUUAAAGGAUGGCACUGCAAAAACCACCUUUGUAUGCCACAGAAGUGGCACAUUUUCUUCGAAGUCAGGUGGCAAAAGGUUGUGUAAGUCCCAGGGCACUUGCAAGAUGGGAAACCAUUGCGUUGCUGCCAUAGAGCUUCACGAAGAAGAAAGUGGAGUCUGUAGUGUCAUUUACUACAGAACACAUUUCGGCCACGACCAGAACAUUGCUUUUCUGCAUCUCAGUGGUUCUAUAGAGAAGCCAUCGCUGGUGAAUAUAACCUUAAUUGUAGAAUUUUGCUGGCCUUUCAGUGAUCCGCAAGUAAAUAUGGUUGAAGGAGCAUUGUUUUUUACCGCUGAGAAAUUAAUAUUGUUAUGGAUAUGUGAUCUGGAGUAA